AUGACUUCGCCAGGCAACCACCACGACGAACUUCCCAACAGCCAGGAGGAAUUCAACCCUCUCCUCGGUGUGGACAUCACCAUGUUCUCGAAGGCCGGUUUCGACAUGGAGCGUGUUUCGAUCAAGCGCAACACCCCCGUGGCCGAGCUCUACGAGGAGGCUAUUCGCAAGGAAGGUGCCGUUAUCUCUUCGAGCGGUGCUCUGAUCAACUUCUCGGGUAAGAAGACCGGUCGUAGCCCGAAGGACAAGCGUAUUGUGUACGAGGAGACCUCGAAGGACGACAUCUGGUGGGGCCCUGUCAACAUCAAGCUUGACGAGCACACUUUCGAGAUCAACCGUGAGCGUGCUAUCGACUACCUGAACACCCGCGACGAUAUCUACGUCUUCGACGGUUUCGCUGGCUGGGAGCCGAAGUACCGCAUCAAGGUCCGUGUGAUCUGCGCUCGUGCCUACCAUGCCCUCUUCAUGCACAACAUGCUUAUCCGCCCGACUCGUGAGGAGCUCGAGAACUUCGGUGAGCCGGACUUCACUAUCUACAACGCUGGUCAGUUCCCUGCCAACCGUUUCACUGCUGGUAUGACCUCGUCGACCUCGGUGGAGAUCAACUUCAAGCGCCGUGAGAUGGUCAUUCUGGGUACUGAGUACGCCGGUGAGAUGAAGAAGGGUAUCUUCUCGGUCAUGCACUACCUGCAGCCGGUCAAGUUCGGCCAGCUGUCGCUCCACUCGUCGGCCAACCAGGGCCCGAAUGGCGACGUGUCGCUGUUCUUCGGUCUCUCGGGUACUGGUAAGACCACUCUCUCGGCUGACCCGUCGCGCAUGCUCAUCGGUGACGACGAGCACGUCUGGUCGGACCACGGUGUGUUCAACAUCGAGGGUGGUUGCUACGCCAAGUGCAUUGGCCUGAGCGCUGAGAAGGAGCCCGAGAUCUUCAACGCUAUCCGCUUCGGUUCGAUUCUGGAGAACGUCACCUACGACCAGAGCACUCGUGAGCCUGACUACGACGACUCUAGCAUCACGGAGAACACUCGUUGCGCUUACCCGAUCGAGUACAUCCCGAACGCCAAGAUCCCGUGCAUUGCUGACAAGCAGCCGUCGAACGUCAUUAUGCUUACGUGCGAUGCCUUCGGUGUUCUUCCGCCGGUGUCGAAGCUGACCUCGGAGCAGGCUCAGUACCACUUCAUUGCUGGUUACACCUCGAAGACUCCGGGUACCGAGGACGGUGUCAUGGAGCCCUCGCCGACCUUCUCGACCUGCUACGGUCAGCCCUUCAUUGUGCUGCCGCCGCAGCGCUACGCCAGUAUGCUUGCUGAGCGCAUGAGCGCCACCAAGUGCAAUGCCUGGCUUGUGAACACUGGCUGGACCGGCGGUAAGUUCGGUGUCGGCAAGCGUUGCCCGCUCAAGUACACUCGUGCUAUCCUCGACGCCAUCCACGAUGGCUCGCUGGCCCAGGCUGAGUACGAGACCUUCGCUCCGGGUGUGUUCGACUUCCAGGUGCCGAAGGCUGUCAACAACGUUCCUUCGGAGCUGCUUGACCCGUCGAAGGCCUGGUCGGACAAGGGCGCCUUUGAGUCGGAGCUGAAGAAGCUGCAGGACAUGUUCAAGGAUGGCUUUGCCAAGUUCGAGAAGGAGGUGAAGCCGGAGGUGCUCCGCGCUGGUCCCAGCUCGGUCCACUAA